AUGGCGAGAGCUGAGAUAGGGACGGCCAAAUAUGAAUCCAAGAGGUUAAAAGCAAGCGGCUUACAGAAAUUGAAAUUUUAUUGUCAGAUAUGUUCGAAACAAUGUCGUGAUGCUAAUGGGUUUAAAAACCAUCUUAGCUCGAAAUCUCAUUUGGGGAGGAUGUCCAAUAUGGAAAAUCUGGGUGAGAUUUAUGAUCUUGUAUCACUGUAUUCUAAGGAGUUUCAAAAUAACUUUAUAAGUUUGUUAAGGGUGAAUCAUGGAAACAAAUUUAUAAAUGCCAAUAGGUUUUAUCAGGAGUAUAUUAGACAAAAGGAUCAUGUGCAUAUGAAUGUCACUAAAUGGAAGACGUUGACGUCGUUUGUGAGACAUCUUGGUCAGAAAGGGAUUUUAAGGGUGACCAACAAUGUAGAUGAGGAGACGGAAGCGGAUGAGGAUGGAUUCAAUUUAGAGAUUCAAUUGAUUGAUUCGGGAGAUUUUGUUCAGAGAAGAAAAGAUGAGGAGGCUAAAAGGGUUGUUGAUGAUGAUAUAAGUGAGAGGUUAUUGCAGAAACAAGUAGAAAGGGGCCGAAUAUUGGAGGAAAAGAGAAGAAAUAAAGAAGAAGAAAGAGAAGAAGAAGAAGAAGAAGAAAGAGAAGAAAGAGAAGAAGAAGAAAGAGAAGAAAGAGAAGAAAGAGAAGGGAAAGGGGGGAAUGUGAGGGGAAAUGAGUUCAAGGUAGCGGGUCCUAUCAAGGUGAACUUGAAGAAGGAGAAGAAGGAGAAGAAGGCAAUGAAAAGGAUUAGAAACGUGUUUGAGGAGGAGGCAGAAGAAAAUGGGAUGGGAUGA